AUGUCCCUUUUCAGAAGUUUACAAAACUCCCCAUCAACUAUUUCAAUCUUUCACAAUUCAACCAUCCCUCUUUCUAAUAAAUUAUAUGACAUUUUAGAAAAAGCAUACGAUACUCAACCUGAAAAACCAAAACAUGAGUUUCAAAUCGAUUUGAUGAAGAAUAAGAUGCCAACUUAUGAUCAAUAUAAGUUGAUUGUUAGUAAGUACUUGAAGGACAGCACUUCUAAAACUAUUUUGCACAAUUGCUUCCCAUUUUUACACGAUAGCAAAACUGAACUUUACAACAGUAAAGGUAAUGUUGUCACUGUCAAAGGUGUAGAAUGGGCUAACAAGACUUUUUCACCAGCUGAAUAUCAAAUGAUUUAUGAUACUUUUAACAAAUUACAAGAAUCAACUGAUCAAUCGAUAAAUACCAUUGCAUCCAAUGUUUUCCAAGCUCCAUUGGUGGUUGAUUGGGAUAAUGAUGUAAUUGCCGGAGAUGAAGAAACAUUGAAAGCCGUUUUGGCAAAAUACAAUUAA